CUUAUGAGUUCCCAAUUUUUUUUUUUUCAACCUGUCCAUUUUUCUCUAAUAAUAUCAACCCUAAUCAACGUAGGUUGCUAACUAAUGACCAAGAAUAUAACCAGAGAACAGUUUUUGAAAAGAAUGGAAAGUUUUGAAGAUGUCGACGUUUGCUACGACAAUAAUCCCAUGCAGCCUAUGUUACUUUGUAACGAAAGGAUUGAUUCUGAGCCUUUAAAAUACAAGAGAUAUAGUAUUAGCCCAGUUUUGAUAGAAAACUCUUUAAUUCAAUAAAUAAAAGUAUGGAUUUAUUGACACGGAGAGUCGUCAUCAUGACUUUAAAAUCAGUAAAGUCGCCUAUUUGCUUCAUUGUUUGUAAUUAAGACGACAGUUGAAUAAUUGCAAGUCUUUCGCAUUAUUCAACAAUUACUCCCUGUCAAAAACUUUGAAAUGAUUUCCGUAGAAAUACAAGUCAAUGAUAAUUUUUUGUAAUUUGGGAUUGUU